AUGUUUGCGUUGGUCGACCCUGCACACAAACAUGCACUCGCUCAUGUUUUCUCUCCUCAAGCGCUUCACUUCUACUCGUCUGAGUCUCUGCACAUCGAGGUUUAUGUGACACCUGAAGUUCACGCCUGCUUGCAGCUUAGUUUACAUAUAAACACGAAGAGCAUGGGGGCGAAAAUGUCAGCAUACGAUCAACAACUGGGUGUUGAGCUCUAUAUGUUCUCACGUAUGUCAUCCAGGUAUGAAGGUCAGGCCGAGGCGGAGCUGAAGGGGUAUUCGUACUACAGGAAGCAGUUCUCGGUGUGGCGGUUCUCUCAGGUAGAAGAUGACCUGGAGCAGCAGAAGGAGAUGAUCACACAGCUGCUCAAACAGAAGGAGGCGCUGCAGGAGGGUGAGGUGCUGUACGAGGAAGGCGUGCUUUACUUCGACGACACCCGGAAGUGGAGGGAGAGGUACGUGGUGGUGAGAGCCAACUACUGCCUGGAGUGUCACGACAGUCUGGAGACUUUUGUUAAAGGGGUUCCUCCGCGCCACAAGCUGCUGCCUACAGGGGGCACUGUUCUGACCACAGAGGAGAAGUACAUGGCCAUGGUGGACAAAUGCUUCCCUGAUGAUACUAAUGUGAAGGAGGACUUUGCUCCUCCGCUGUCGGGGAUGCCGGGUCAGUUCCCCGUCUACCUGCGUCUCCCCUACAGGAGAGACUCGUACUUCUGCUUCAGACAGCAGGUCAAGCAGGCAGCCUUCCUCUCCAUCCUGUCCGACUGCAUCCGGCACCAGAACCAAGACUUCCUGAAGAAGAAGACGUGUGAGGUGCAGGCCUUCCUUAAAGCCAUCCAGCUCUACAGGCAGGACAAAGGCCGAUAUGAAGCCUGGGACAUGCUGAUCGGCAGCGACGUCAGAGUGAUGGGGAACCUGGUCAUGGAGCAGCUGCUGCCGUCUCUAGAGAAAGACAUGCUGCCUCGCCUCAAAGCCAAGAAGACCGAGAAGAAGAGAGUCUGGUUUGCUACGGUGGAGGCGGCCUACAUCCUGGUGCAAGAGCAUCUGUUGGAAGGUCUGUCUGCGCUGAAGGAGGACUGUCGACUGUCGGUCCGGCAGCAGGAAGUACUGAUCCACUCAGACAUGGACCAGAUCCUCAACUCCAGACAGCAGCUGGAGGAGAAAGUCAGAGCCAAAGUAUCGGAGCCAGCAGAGAAGCUGUGCAGUGAGAGCGUGCAGCCGUACCUUGGCUCCGUUCUGGAGGAACUGAUGGAGCCGAUCAGCUCUGGUUUCCACGACGGACGACAGCUGAGCGAGAGCAUGAUGGACCAGGUGUGUCAGGAAUACCUGCAGGGAGCCAAGAACGACGAACUCAAGAAGGCUCUGGCCGACAUGGCGAGGCCGAACCUGCUGAGCUGCUUCCAGAAGAUCGGCUCCCUGCAGCAGAAACUACAACAUCUGCAGGAGAGAUUUGGUUUCUCAGACAUCACCGGAGUUAUACACAGCGCUCAGAUAGACCUGCAGCAGCUGAUGGAGAACGCAGCGUGCACAUUUGAGCAGCUCCUCUAUAAAGCCGUGCAGGAUAAUCCAGACGGAGCCGGAUCGGCCAUCGAGAAGGCCAAACACCGAGUGCUCAAGCAAUAUGACUAUGACAGCAGCACAGUGAGGAAGAGGAGCUUCCAGGAUGCUUUGGUCUCCAUCACUCUGCCCUUCAUCAAGAAGAACCUGGCUCCCACCUGCAAAACUGAGCUUCAGGCUCUGGAGCCGUCCGUCUACGCCGAUCACUCAAACUUCAUCCACGUCGAGAACGUUUAUGAAGGCGUCCUCCUCCAAACUCUGGACAAGGAAGUCACACAAGUGGUGAAGGAGGCCGCGAGCCUGAAGAAGUACAACCUGUUCACAGACAGCAGAGACCUGGUGAGCGAGUCCAGCCGCUCCAGCCUCUCCUCUCCGUCCCGGUCCACUCCUGGCAGCCCUGCCAUGCUGCUGGCCUCCCCCGCUAAAACCUCCACUGAGGCCACGCCCCCAUCCCCGUGCCCGCCCUCUCCUCUCGUGGUCAACGGUUUGUCUUCCAGCCCCAAGAAGGAGCAGAAGGAGCAGAAGGAAGAGAAAAAGGACACCGUGCUGCAGCAGAGUGAACCCUCUGCAGGUGUUAUGGUCAUUGAGACGCCGCUUGGAGAGAUCGAACAGAAAGAAGCUGCUGAGAGUGUCGCCAUCAGUCAGGAGGCGACGCUGCCAGCAGCCAAGGCAGAGGAAGUCGUCCAGAGUGUGCAGGCAGAGACCAGCAGCACUGUGGCACCUGAAGCACCUGUCACACCUGUCGUACCCAAGAAAUCUGAGGCACCUGAGGCUCCUGUCACACCUGUCGUACCCAAGAAAUCUGAGGCUUCUGUGGCAUCUGUUGUACCUGAAACACCUGAGGCACCUGUUGUACCUAUCGUAUCUGAGACAUCUGAGGCUUCUGUGGCAUCUGUUGUACCUAUCGUACCUGAAUCACCUAAGGCACCUGAGGCUCCAGCAGCAGCUCCAGCAGAAACGACCACAGCUCCAGCAGAAACAGCAGCUGUGAGUGAGACGCAGGAUGUUAGCGGAGCAGCAGCUGCUCAGACUGAGAUCCAAGAAGAUAAAGAGAUCUCCACUGUAACAACUGAAGCUGAGACAAGUCCUGAGCUGCAGAUCCAGAACAUGGACGCAGAAAUCACCUCGUCAGAAAUCACCACUGUUGUAGAAAGUAUUAAAGCAGAUGUAGAAGAAGCUGCAGCACACAGUGAAGCUCCUGCUGAAGCUGCAGAGCCUGAACCUGAACCAGUAACCCCUGCAACAGAAUGUAAUGGUUCCCAAAUUGCAGCCAGCAGCAGUGACGAGGCUCAACCUGAGAGCGCAGAAGACAAGUCAGCGGCUCCCUCUGGUGGUAAAACAGCUGUAAUUACACCCAGCUCUGACCUGAAGGCAGAGGAAGAUGUGAGAGCUGAGCCGAACUCUCUGGAUGUGUCGGCAGGAAGCGAGUCACCACCGUCAGAUGUAUCAUCGUCCACGGAGGAGACGAAAGUGUUGCAGAGCGGCGAGGAUGUCGUCAUGACAACCACUGAUGUCGUGGAGGAAGAGGAAGUCAAACAUGCGAGCUCAGACGAACCUGCAGAGGAGAAAACUACUAACGAGGAGCCGUCACCUCAGACAGAAGCUGUGAGCGUGGAAUCGGUAGAGGCGGCAGAAGUUCACGAUGAAUCCGCCAAAAAGGAAGUACCGUCCAGUCCUGAAGCCAAACAGGAAGUACCGUCCAGUCCUGAAGCCAAACAGGAAGCACCGUCCAGUCCUGAAGCAACAGAGGAUGAACCGUCCAACCCUGAAGAUCCGCCUCUGGACUGCAUCAAAGAGAUCCGCAACCUGGUGGUGGAGGUGAUCGAGGUGGAGGAGCUGCUGCAGCGUUAUCCCAGCGGAGUACCGACGGAGGAGUGAAGCGUGUCACAGGACAGGAAGGACAAAUAUGGGACUAAAUAAUUAUUAUAAAACAUAUGUUCUGCUGAAAGGAAUCAAAUUAUCACCGGAAUAUAAAGAAAGAGUCAACGUGAAAAAACAAGGAAAAGACUCUUGAGGAAAGAUCACAAAAGCUUCCAAAGGGACAUUUUAUGCAUGAAAUUCUGAUAAAUUAUUUAUACAAUCAAUACAUCUGCUCUGUGAGAUGGACAGGAAUGUCUUAGUUUCAUAUACACAAAAAUUACUUUAGCAUCAGAUUAAUUUAGAAAAUGUAGAUUUAAAACUAUUUUAUUACACAAGUCAGAAAAGAGACUUUUUUUAAAACUGUGUUAUUAAUUAGGUUUAUUCAUCCGUUUUAUUUUAAGGGAAUAGUUAAACAAUUUUGGGAAAUAUGCUUAUUCUUUCUUACAGAGAGUUAAUCAACCUCAUGAUUGUGUUAAAGGAGAAUUUUAGGCCUCUAGAUUCUA